UCUCCUCCUCCCCCUCCUCUUCAUCUCCUCAUCAGCUCCCCCCCCAGCUCAUUCCAGCAGGAGCCCCUGACCCCCCCCAGACCCCCCCACUCCUCCCUGAAGCCCAACCAGGUGGGUCAAGUGGUUCUGUAUGGUGUACCCAUCGUCUCCUUGGUGAUCGACCAUCAGGAGCGGCUGUGUCUGGCCCAGAUCUCCAACACUUUGCUGAAGAACUACAGCUAUAACGAGAUCCACAACCGCCGCGUGGCGCUGGGUAUCACCUGUGUUCAGUGCACCCCUGUCCAGCUGGAGAUCCUGAGGCGAGCUGGCGCCAUGCCCAUCUCCUCCCGCCGCUGUGGCAUGAUCACCAAGCGAGAGGCGGAGCGGCUGUGUAAGUCCUUCCUGGGGGAGAAUAACCCCCCCAAACUGCCUGACAACUUCGCCUUUGAUGUGUCACACGAGUGUGCCUGGGGUAGUCGUGGUAACUUCAUCCCAGCGCGCUACAACAGCAGCAGAGCCAAGUGCAUCAAGUGUUCCUACUGCAGCAUGUACUUCUCUCCUAACAAGUUCAUCUUCCACUCUCACCGUAUUCCUGAAGCCAAGUACAUCCAGCCGGACGCUGCUAACUUCAACUCCUGGAGACGCCACCUGAAGCUGUCAGAUAAAACCCCUCCUGAUGACCUGGCGUUUGCCUGGGAGGACGUGAAGGCCAUGUUUAAUGGUGGCAGCAGGAAGCGGUGUCUACCCUCGGGGAAGGUUGUGAACUCUGGUCUGCCCCACAUGAUGACCCCUGACCUGGUCCAGAAGAGGAGCCGCUUCGAGGAGGAGGAGGACCUGGAUGGAAGCAGCCUGUCUCCCCGUAAGAACACUCGCAGCUACCCGGUGAUCCCUGUGCCCAGUAAAGGGUUCGGCAUGCUGCAGAAGUUCCCCCCUACCUCCCUGUUCCCCAACCCUUACUCCUUCCCAGCCUUCAGCCUCUGUCAUCAGAAGAAAGAUGACAGUGAGGUGGCUGGAGGACAGAAGAACACUGGUCUAUCAGGUCUGCUGUGGCCCGGUCGUAAAGACACCUUCUAUCCUCCAUUCUGCAUGUUCUGGCCCCCUAGGACUGCUGGGGGCCUCCCAGUGCCCACCUACCUGCAGCCACAGCGCUCCGUCAACACUCUGUCCUCAUUGGCCGAGAGCCCCUCCCUCAGGCAGGCCUUCCUCGACCUAUCAGAGCCCCCACACCCAGGGGCGGGGCCAGGCAUGGGAGCCACACCCAGGUCAGGCCUGUUUGACCUUGACUCCUCCACCCUGACCUCUGACUUGCACCCUGUGACCUCAGAGGGCUGGCUGAAGGUGUUGGACACCCCGUCUCUCCAGGCUAGGAAAGCCUACUACCACUCAGCCUUCCGACCCGUCGUCAAAUAUGCAGAAAGCAUCGCCAAGCUCCAUGACAACCUGGAGGAGUUUGGGCCAGAGCUCCACCUGUCCCCCGGGACCAGCUGCAGCUACGCCUCUGAGAGCGGAGGAGAGGGGGAGGAAGACCCCACACACACCCCGCUGCAACUGGAGGACCAGUCCUACAAACAUGUAAAAACUCAUAAAAGCAGAGACCAUGGACUGCCUGUUUAUGCAACCAAAGAAAACUCCAAAACAGCUGAUGAAAACAAAGAACCUAGCAACUUCUUUGUAUCAGAGACUAAUUCAUCUGACCCUGAGUACUGGAGAGAGAUGGCAGAGAAGCAGAUGGUAGAGCAGGGUAAGUUCUUCCUACAUCAGGCUCUAACCACAGAGGAUCUGAUGCCAGAUCAGUUGUUCCUGCAUCAGGCUCUAACCACAGAGUAUCUGAUGCCAGAUCAGUUGUUCCUGCAUCAGGCUCUUACCACAGAGGAUCAGAUGCCAGAUCAGAUCAUCUGA